CGUCUACCGAAGCGCUUCGGUCUCAUUCUCUCCCCUAACAUACCAGCAGAUGAUUCAUUAAGCAAAGGAAGAGCAGUAUUAAUACUAUUCCAUACGUCGUCGUCGUCGUCGCCGGAGGAGGUCAAAUAUUAGGCUUCGCCGGUGAAGAAAAUGAGCGCUUCGAGGUUCAUAAAGUGCGUCACAGUUGGUGAUGGAGCUGUUGGUAAAACUUGCCUGCUCAUCUCCUACACCAGCAACACCUUUCCCACUGAUUAUGUGCCUACUGUUUUCGACAAUUUUAGUGCAAAUGUGGUUGUGGAUGGGAGCACUGUUAAUCUAGGGUUGUGGGACACUGCAGGCCAAGAGGAUUACAAUAGACUAAGGCCUUUGAGCUACCGUGGAGCUGAUGUGUUUAUACUUGCAUUUUCUCUCAUCAGCAAGGCUAGCUAUGAAAAUAUUCCCAAAAAGUGGAUUCCUGAAUUGAGGCAUUAUGCACCUGGGGUCCCUAUUGUCCUUGUUGGAACAAAGCUUGAUCUUCGGGAGGAUAAGCAGUUCUUUAUAGACCACCCUGGUGCGGUGCCCAUUAGUACAGCUCAGGGAGAGGAACUGAAAAAGCUGAUUGGGGCUGCUGCUUACAUUGAAUGUAGUUCGAAAACGCAGCUGAAUGUGAAGGCUGUCUUUGAUGCAGCCAUUAAGGUCGUUCUGCAGCCACCAAAGCAGAAGAAGAAAAAGAAGAGAAAGGGGCAAAAUGCCUGCACUAUAUUGUGAUUGGGAAAAUAAUGUUUGAAGAAAGAGAGGAUGACCUAUUGGCUGAUUCACCCACUUAGUAUCUGAUUUCUGUGUUACUCUCUUCCCACCUUGAGGAAGUAGCACACUGCUUUGUAGUAGUAACUGACUGCACUGGGGAGCUCCUAUGUUCAUCAAGUAUUUGGUUUGUUGCUUUCAGUUGUAAUCUAAUACGUAUAUCAGUGAUUUAGAUGUGUUUGAUGAUGUUCCCAACUCCUCUGGAGUUUUAUAAUAUAUUUUUUAGGUUUUAGAAGAUCUUGUUUGUACUGAACCAUUUCUCUUUUGGGCACUUCCCCUAGGCUGACUCAGAGUACGCCGAGAGGUGCACAAAAAAUUUGUGGACUGUGUUGACUUGUUUUAAUAUGAAAUUCUAUGCAUUCUGUUCUUAUGUAUAAAAAAGUAGUGCACGGUGGUUUUUGGGUUUUUUCC